AUGUACCUUCUAACCACUUCAACAACUUGCAGUGUUAUGGGUCCAACAGGGGCGGGCAAAAGCACUUUCAUCAACAUGAUCGCUGGGGAGGACCAAGCAAAGGUUGGACCGACCAUGGAGUCCGAGACGAAGGAGCUCAAACCUAUCAUCAUUGAUGUCCAAAAAAUGGGUUUGGAUCCGAGUCGACUGGCACUUCUUAAUGGCAAACGUCUUAUCUUGCUCGACACACCCGGCUUUGAUGACACGGCAGGCCACGAGGCUGUAAUUCUACGGCGUAUUGCUAUUUGGCUGGCGCGAUCCUACAAGAAUAAACAGCAAAGUCUAGGUGGAAUUAUUCACCUUCAUGACAUCACGCAAUCCAAAAUGAGCAUUUCGUUAAAAAGGAGCUUAGAGGUGUUUUCUUGCCUAUGUGGCGAUUCCGCAUAUCGACGCAUAGCUCUAGGAACCACAAAGUGGCCUCCGUCUGAGUCUCCGGCUGGGCCGCAAUCAACGAGAGCAAAGAAAACACACGGUUCUCCAAGAGAUCAAGCAGAAAGCCGAUUCAGCCAGCUCGAGACGAUGUAUUGGAAAGACUUGAUGAAGUCGGGGUCUUGGACUUAUCGAAUCGAGACGGAGGAGCACGCUUCAGAGCUGGUCGGUUUGAUUCUUGAUGAGCUCGAGAAGACGACAAAGGAGCUUGAGCUUCAAAUCCAGAAAGAAGUUGUCGAUGAAGGGAAGGCCGUACCCAAAACGAAAGCGGGUAAGAUCCUGGAAGUGAGCCGAAAUCGGAAUCGAUACGGUGCCAGUAUGACUGAAGAAGACAGAGAGGUGGAGAGGUGCAUACAGGCGGAGUUGGACGAAAUGGACCGGCAGCUGGCUGAAUUGGCCACUAACAAGAAUAAGUUUUCGCGCGUCAGUAGGUCCUUCAAAAGGUUAGCUACCAGAGUGUUCGGAAGCGUAUGUUGCAGCUGUUGA